AUAAACAAAUCAUGUGUGUGCAUUGCCGCAUUCUUCAAUGUAUUCAGGAUAUUAACCAUAAAAUGGAGAUAGAAACCUCGACCAUUUCAGAAAAACAAUGCGAAGUGUUGUAUGGAUGUUGUGGUAUUGAUUGUUAAGCCUAAUGGCGAAACAAAUGGUACAAACUUGACAAUUUACAAAUCUCUACCCUGAGAAUUCAAUUGAAAAACACGUGAUUUCAUUAAAUUCUCAAAACUGUUCAAGAAGAUUUCCAGUAAAUUAUUUUUAGUGUUUUGUGAUAUUUAUUUUUCAUUCCAAGUGAAUUUUAUACUGAAUGUUUGUUAAUGUGAAUUCGGACAUAAGAGGAAAAGAAACAUGGAUUUGAAUAAGAUUUUCAAGCCUCCGACGGCGGAUAAACUUGUGUUCACACAACAUGCAAGUUAUGCACGGGGCGUUGACUGUAUUUAUGACGACGAUCUUUUUACAGAGCUGCUAAAUGAGGAACUGGACUCCUUUGUGCUGAACCCCUGGUCCUGGGUAUUGGAUGCAGAAAAUAUCGCAGCCCGCUUGACAAUCAUUUCAAUAGCCAUUGCAACCCUUAUUAUGAACAUACUUGUCAUAGUGACUUUCAUUAAAGAACAAAUGCUGACCGCCUUGAACAUCAUACUGAUAGGAAUUUCUGUGUCUGAUACCAUUACCGUCUGUAUACCAGCGUUGACGUUGACAUUACUGCUUCUUGACGGGAGAAUGCCGGAUUAUAUACCAUUUGAAUACUGCAGUGUAUACGCCUACCUUACCAAGUACCUGCCGACUAUAUCACAUAACGCGUCCGUUUGGUUGACAGUUGUCCUCGCCUAUGACAGAUACAUCGCAGUUGAGAAGCCGUUUUUGCUGAAACAGGUUUGUCUGCCGAAGAGGAGUAUAUCAGUUGUAAUAACAAUCUAUCUUACCGCGGUCUUGGGACAUUUGUGUAGAUUUUUUGACACAGACUAUGCUCCAGUUAAAAUUGUUUCAAGCACAAAUGCUCAGAGCUAUUUCCAGUUAAUGAAUACGUCAUAUACAUCUUUUCCUGAGGAAGAAAUUUCAGAGGCCAUAGGUAAUACAACACAGUAUAAUAUAACAGGUGCACUCAGAGAAAUUUGCGAUAUGUCCAAAGGUAUUGAAACAUGCAAAGCGGUGUAUAAGCCAGCCUUCAGGGAUCUCAAAUAUUACGAGUUCUGCUACUACUGGUUUGUCAUUCUUUUUGUGAAAUUCAUUCCAUGCACUUUGUUGAUAGUCAUCGACACACUGAUGUUAAAAUCACUCAGAAAAUCUGAAAAGCUUCGAUACCACAUGGCCAAUCACACGACAGCAGUGCUACAUUCGCUCUCUAGCAGACGGGCGAAAUACCAAGAGAGUAAAAGGAUGACAAUCAUUCUCGUGAUCGCUAUCAUUAUUGUGGUGAUCGUGGAACUACCGAUAGCAGUGAUUCUAAUGUUAUGGACACUUGCAAACAUCCACGGCCAACAGUUCAUGACAGAAAUUGCCCUGAACAAUUUGAGUAGGAUAGCUAACACGGCCGUUUACAUCAGUUACCCUGUUAUAUUUAUGUUGUACUGUUGUCUUAGUGCCAGAUUCAGGGCAGCGUUCUUUAGUCUCGGUUGUUUUCGGAGAUGUCGAAAUAGUGUUUUAUUGAAGUCUUCAGCUUAAAUUCAACAUUUUGUUGUUUGUGUUAUUUUGUGUUUAUGUCAGAAUAAGGAUUCAUUUUUCUACACAUGAACUAAUAGUUACUUUACCUUUGAUAUUAUUCGAAAUAUUAUAUAAUGUGAACUAAACUGAUGAAAGACGUCGUAUUUGCGAUUUAUUUUAUAUUAGCACGGGUGUCAAUAACACAAAAGAACUAACAAUGACAAGCCCAGUAGCCAAAACAAUAAAGAAGACCCAUUGUGUGUGUUUUACGUAUCACAUCGCUUGUUUUAAAAGGAACAGAUAAAUGGCAACCGCAGAGAAAACUAUUUGGAUGAUGUUGACACUGGUAGAGGUAAUGUGUGUUAAUUGUGUUGGACAUAAAAUUUAUGCUGCUUGAUUGAUAAAUCUGAGUGGACACAUGGUUAUGGAAGGUCAUGUGGAUUAUAAUAUCGCCUCUUUUGAAUUAUAUUGCCAAAUAUUGUCAGUGGAGUUCAUGGCAAUGUUCUGUUUUCUGACAAAAAUGGAUUACUGCUUUAGUGGCAUUUGUGUGGACCUAUUCGGUAACAAUUUGAGCUGUUUACCCAUUGCACUAUACACUGCUGACGUCAUAAGCAGUUCGUUAGAAAACUUAUCGAACUACUAUCGUUUGAAGCGGUCCCUUGUGCAUAGACGCUUUCAAUACCAAAUCGACACAAAAUUACAUUGUGUGACAUACCUUUCGGUAGUACGUAAAGAGUUUUCAUUGAAA